AUCCAAAUAUUCGAUAGCAAAAAUGACGUGGAGAGAUAGGUUAUAAGUUUGUUGUCGAUAAAUUAACUAAUUUAUUAGCUAAUUAGGAACCCAUUUCAAUUAUUAAAGUAAUAACAAUUAAGUAUUAACCACGAUGAUUGAGAUAAGCGAUGUUCAAAAGAUCGGUGUAGGGCUGGCGGGGUUCGGCAUGGCCUUCCUGUUUCUUGGAGUCCUACUGCUCUUCGAUAAAGGCCUGCUAGCUAUAGGAAAUAUCCUAUUCAUCAGCGGCCUAGCCUGCGUGAUCGGUCUACAGCGAACAUUCUUCUUCUUCUUCCAACGGCACAAGAUCAAGGCCUCCGUGGCCUUCUUUGGGGGCAUCACUAUAGUCCUGCUCGGCUGGCCUAUGAUUGGCAUGAUCGCUGAGAUCUACGGGUUCUUAUUACUAUUUAGGGGUUUCCUGCCAGCUGCCAUCAAUUUUCUCCGUAUGGUGCCCGGAAUUGGUCUACUUCUCAACCUACCUAUCAUUAGUGGGGUCGUCAAUCGGAUAGCGGGUGACAACGGGCGUAACAUGGAUGAGCCCUAAACCAUUAAUCGGCACAGAUGAAAAACAAUCAAAAACAUUCCUUCAAAAAGACAAUAAAUUAAAUAUGAAUAAAUCAUUGUGCAUUAAAAAA